GGGAGGAAGGGGAGGAAGAAGGUUAGGGACUCAGAGAGGGAAAGCGCUUGCAGGAGACAGACGCCUGGUCAAGGCUCCCGCGGGCUGCGGCCGCGGCUGAGGGAGGAAAGCGGGUCAGGGCUCCCCAAGAGCUACAGCGCACAAUCCCCAAGGAGGUCGCGUCUAGUGGGCGCUACCAGAUCAGAGUCUGGGACGUCCAGAGCGCGAGGAGUCCCCAUUCCUGCGGGGAGCGGUCGGUGUGGGAAGCCUGGCGUCUUGGCACCGCCAUCCGUGAGAAAACAGAUGCUUGGAGAGCAGGCAUCCAAGACCUGUAAGAAACCAGCCGUCCAAGAAGCCGCGAUCCCAGGCGCCUGGGACCGUUAGGACUGCACAGAAGGGUAACAGGAUCACGGGUUCUGAGCCGGCAGGGGGUGCCGCUGGCCCAAUCCACCGGGGGACCUCCGCCUUGACGGGCGGGUUGGGGAACGGCGCCGCUGCGGCGGGAGCCCCCAAGGGUAGGGGGGUCGGGCGCAGCUGUCGAGGUGACCCAGACUCAGGCCCGAGCCCGGCCACUGUUUCCUGGGCCCGCGGAGAGUCCCGGGCCUCCGCCGCCAUUGCGCCCAAAAGUGAAGAGGAUUUGCUGGCCCUGGCCGCGUCGCGGCUGAGCCGCCGCAAGCGGGUGGCGGGCGCGGCCGUCGGGGUGGCCAUGGUGCUGCUGCUGCUGGUGGCUAUUCCGCUGCUGGUACACAGCUCGCGCGGGCCGGCGCACUACGAGAUGCUGGGUCGCUGCCGCAUGGUGUGUGAUCCACACGGGCCCCGAGGCCCGGGCCCCGACGGCGCGCCCGCUUCCGUGCCCCCCUUCCCUCCAGGUACCAAGGGAGAGGUGGGUCGGCGCGGAAAGGCAGGCCUGCGGGGGCCUCCGGGACCCCCAGGUCCCAGAGGGCCGCCGGGAGAGCCCGGCAGGCCAGGUCCUCCUGGCCCUCCAGGCCCCGGCCCGGGCGGGGCGGCGCCCCCUGCUGGCUACGUGCCUCGAAUUGCCUUCUACGCGGGCCUGCGGCGGCCUCACGAGGGCUAUGAGGUGCUGCGCUUUGACGACGUAGUGACCAACGUGGGCAAUGCUUACGAAGCGGCCAGUGGCAAGUUCACCUGCCCCAUGCCAGGCGUCUACUUCUUCGCUUACCAUGUGCUCAUGCGUGGCGGCGAUGGCACCAGCAUGUGGGCAGAUUUGAUGAAGAACGGACAGGUGCGGGCUAGCGCCAUUGCUCAGGAUGCGGACCAGAACUAUGACUACGCCAGCAACAGCGUCAUUCUGCAUCUUGAUGUGGGCGAUGAGGUUUUCAUCAAGCUGGAUGGCGGGAAGGUACAUGGAGGCAACACCAACAAGUACAGCACCUUCUCUGGCUUCAUCAUCUACCCAGACUGAGCUGGCCACCAUUCCUGCGCCUUCCGCCUUUGCUCCCUUCCAGUCCUCUCACUUCCCACCAGCUCUGCCCUAGGCACUGCCCAUUCCUUGUAAACAUGGGGUGACCCCUCUGCUCCUGAGCUCCCAAGGCAGCCAAAGGGCAGAUUACUGGGGCUUGAGGGUAUGGGCUGGGAAACUGAGGGGCUGGCGGAGUAGGAUGUGGGGGAGGGACCACCCACAUCCUCAGCUGCACUGCAUGUGACAGGAACAGCUGUGGUUAUGACCUGCUCCUUUGCUGGGAGCCCGGGAGCAGCUUCACUAGCCUGGGCUCAGAGGCCCAGAAAGUGAAGGGAAGCCAUGGUGGCUUAGGAGGCCAAGAACAUAAACAAGGAGCCACGAUAGCCAAGAUCAGGGUAGAUCCUGGUCCUGUUAUAAUUUUCUCUCGAUGCCCUUUGCUCCCUCAUCUCCAUAUUCAGGCUUCAGCCUUGACAGCCUUCUUGUGAACUGGAGGUAUUUGUGAAUUAUUUCCUAGCAUUCAAAUUCAUUCUGUACAGUCCAUGUUCCACCCCUUCUCGGGCUUAUGCCUCAGGGCUAUA